AUGACUAUCGGAGUCGCGAUUAUCGGCAGCGGCAUCUUUGCCAAGGAGCAACAUCUCCCUGCAAUCAAAGGAGCGCCCACCCUCUCGCUGAAAGCGAUCUACUCGCGCUCGCUGAAAUCCGCGCAGGGUCUGGCGGACGGUCUCCAGGGUGUAGAUCUGUAUUCCGAUGACUCCGGCGCGGGGAAAAGCUACAAGGAUCUCCUUGCGAGGGAGGAUAUCAAGGCUGUUGUUUUAGCCCUCCCCAUUCUCGCGCAGCCGGCAUACAUCAAGGAGGCCCUGGCCGCAGGAAAGCACGUUCUGUCCGAGAAGCCGAUUGCUAAGGACCUUGCUACUGCGCAUGAUCUGGUGAACUGGUACAAUGAUAGUGCCAACGUUGACAAGUCCAAGGCCCUUUGGGGAGUUGCGGAGAACUACCGCUUCAUUCGCAAGUGGCUCAAGACAGCAGAGGAGGUGCAGAAGCUCGGAGGCGUGAAGACCUUCCGGGUCGUCGUGAGAAACAAAGUCGGGACGGAGGGGAAAUACUUCAACACACCCUGGCGCAAGACUCCCGAAUACCAAGGUGGAUUCCUCCUAGACGGUGGAAUUCAUACGCUCGCUGGCCUCCGACUCAUUCUCGGACGCGGACCAAACAGCCUCAAGUUCCUCACGGCGCAGACAAGCCAACUACAAGAACACCUCCCUCCAAUUGAUACAGUGGACGCACUUCUCACGACAGCAUCUGGCGCCGCGGGUGUUCUCAACCUGUCAUUCGGUUCCGAGUUCAAAGACUCCGUACUCGAGUUUACUUGCGAGAAGGGUGUGGUGGCGCUUGUUGACGACCGGCUGACGGUUAACGGCGAUGCGACCGAUAUUCCUUUCGAAGGGACCGGAGUCAAAGAGGAAGUCAAGGCGUUCGGAGAGUCGAUUGUUGCCGGGAAGCUGAAUGAUAAGUUGCGUCCAGAGGAGGCGUUGGCUGACCUGGAGAUUUUGGAGUCGAUGAUCAAGAGUGGCGAGGAUGGUGAGAGGAAGACGUUGAAGCUGCAAGACAGUCUCGGGCGGCCAACCCUCAGCGCGAAAUUUCGAGACCGAUUUCGACCGUUCGACAACUCCAGCGCCAACGGGACAAACGACAAGGUAUAUUCACAUCCUGAAUCUGCUCGUCAAGGAGAUAUCGUUGAUGCUAAUUAUUGCGUGAAGAUGGUCCUCGCUAAGAAGCACGUCCCUAUCGUCAAGAAGCGCACCAAGCGCUUCACCCGCCACCAGUCCGACCGCUUCAAGUGCGUGCCGGAGUCAUGGCGCAAGCCUAAGGGUAUCGACAACCGCGUCCGCCGCCGCUUCAAGUCGAACAUCCCUAUGCCCUCUAUCGGUUACGGCAGCAACAAGAAGACCAAGCACAUGAUGCCCUCCGGCCACAAGGCUUUCCUCGUUCACAACGCCAAGGACGUUGAGCUGCUCCUCAUGCACAACCGCACCUUCGCUGCUGAGAUCGCCUCCGCCGUCUCCUCCCGCAAGCGCGUCGACAUCAUCGCCAAGGCCAAGGCCCUCGGUGUCAAGGUCACCAACCCCCGUGGCCGUGUCACCACCGAGGCGUAA